AUGAGGAAGGGUUCCAAGAGUAAUUGCAAGUCUGUUUCUCAUAAGCUUUUCAAGGACAAAGCAAAGAACCGUGUGGAUGACUUGCAGGGAAUGUUCAUGGACCUCCUAUUCGCCAGAAAGGAGAGCCGCUCCACUGAUGCUAUCCUCCUCGAAGAACAAGUCCAUCAGAUGCUGCGCGAAUGGAAAGCCGAGCUAAAUGAGCCCUCACCAGCUUCUUCCUUGCAGCAAGGCGGCAGUCUUGGUUCUUUCUCUUCAGACAUUUGCCGGCUGUUGCAGCUUUGUGAAGAGGAAGAUGAUGCCACUAGUCCAUUAGCUGCACCGAAACCCGAGCCUAAUGAUCAAAAUUUGCAAGUUGGAGAAAGUUUGGUAUUUCAUGAGGGAUUUACUGUGAAUCAGGGGCAACAUGAACUUGGCUUCCCGUUGGCUGAUCAGUGCAAAAGCUCCCCUUCGGGAGUUCACAAUGCUGCUGCUAACAAUUUGGAAGGGGCUAAUCAUUUGGACUAUCAUCAGUAUGAAUUGCAUCAAGAGUUUGAGCACAACUUCUAUACUUGUUUUAAUAGCACAGCUUUGAGUGGGGAAGAUGCGUUGCCUCAUGUUUCUACUUAUCUACCAAGUAUUUGCCCUCCACCCUCUGCUUUCUUGGGCCCAAAAUGUGCACUUUGGGAUUGCCCAAGGCCUGCUCAAGGAUUGGACUGGUGGCAAGACUACUGCAGUAGCUUUCAUGCUGCUUUAGCAUUGAAUGAAGGACCACCUGGCAUGGGUCCGGUCCUUAGACCUGGGGGCAUUGGCCUGAAGGAUGGCCUACUUUUUGCUGCUCUUAGUGCGAAGGCACAAGGAAAAGAUGUAGGUAUUCCUGAGUGUGAGGGAGCUGCUACUGCAAAGUCUCCAUGGAAUGCACCUGAACUCUUUGAUCUUUUGGUUCUUGAGGGCGAGAUAAUUAGGGAGUGGCUCUUUUUUGAUAAGCCUCGAAGAGCUUUUGAGAGUGGUAACAGAAAGCAGAGGUCAUUGCCAGAUUACAAUGGACGAGGUUGGCAUGAGUCGAGGAAGCAAGUGAUGAAUGAAUUUGGAGGGCUGAAGAGAUCCUACUAUAUGGAUCCUCAACCCCUGAACCAUUUUGAGUGGCACCUUUACGAAUAUGAGAUCAACAAGUGUGAUGCUUGUGCCUUGUAUAGAUUGGAACUGAAACUUGUUGAUGGGAAGAAGAAUUCCAAGGGGAAGCUAACUAAUGAGUCAGUAGCUGAUCUGCAGAAGCAGAUGGGAAGGCUUUCUGCCGAGUUCCCCUCAGAUAACAAGCGCUGUGUCAAGGGCAGGGCCAAAGCUAAUGAGAAGGUUGGUGUUGGAAAUGUCUAUUACACUCCAAAUCGAGGGGCAACAACAAAUGGGACAUUUGACUAUGGGAUUGGUGCACCAUACGACUAUCUUGUUGAAAAUGUCAACGGCUACUAUCUAACUUAA